GGGACGAGGGGAGCGAGUGGCAGUUACGUGCCUAUCUGCGUCGGGGCCUCGGCUCUCCUGUGGCCAACAAUGGCCGAUCCCGCUCGUCCGGAGCACGAGGGAGAAAAAUCGCAAGCGCAUGCACCAACCAACUUUCGCAUCUUACUAACAAAGUCCCCGAGUCGCCUCGAAUUGCGGCUGAUUUUCGAUGCCUCCGUUCGAGAUGUCGCAGGUGUUAAUGCCCGAGUCUACGUGCUUGAAUUCCGGUCGGCAUUUUGAUCUGCAGAGGAGCAGAUUCGCUUCUGCUGUAAUUCGUGGUGAUUACAGGCGCAUGCGUUUGGAAGGAUUGAGGAGUAGCUGCAGUUAUGGAGCUCACAUUAUAGAUUUGAAGAUUUCUGAUGCAAAUUGCUUGCAUCGGAGUAAACGUGGAGCUCGAUCUCUCCGGCUGAGAGUCGAGGCGGCUCGUAGUGAUCGUAAGCUGUGGACUUCAAGCUGUAGUGGAGAUGCGGAAGCUCUCGGAUACUAUGCCUCCCCUGCUGGUGGGCUGCGAUUGGCUGCUUCGACGGCCUUGGCGCUCGGUUUGAGCCUGCUAGUGCACCAUGGAACUGCCAGCAGCGCUGAGGCAGCAGCCAGCAUUGUCGUGGGCACCUUCCCAUGGGAGAAACCUCAGGUGUUGGUGCAACCAGAACCGUCGAAGGGCAGCUGCGCGACGUGCAUUGGAGUGGUGGAUGAGACGCUCGGAACAUGCAAUUCGACACCCAAUUGUGUCUCGUCCUUCGAUGACAGACCGAACUUCUUCGUGGCACCUUGGGAGUUCCCAGGGCAACUAUCUGAUGCAGUAAACGCUUUGAAGGAGACUCUUUCGAGCAUGGGAGCUGACAUAAUAGCAGAGCCCGAAGAAAGGUACGUCCACGCAAAAUUCACCGACAAAGAGGACGGCGUUAUCGACGAUGUAGAAUUUCUAUUCAGCAACCCAUCGGAGGACGCAACAGUUGUUAUCAGAGCUGCAUCCAGGGCUCAGGGUACGGCUGACAAAGCACGGAACAGGGAGAGACUCGAACGAAUUAGAAGCUCAUUGACCUGGGAAGAGGUUCCCAUACUUCGAAACAGAAGCCGAACUCUGUUUUUCCUCGAAUCACCUUGGGACUCGUUCGGUCCAGAGCCACCUCCAACUUAUGACUACAAAGAAGGUCUGGAGUUUGUACCAGAAUAGUCAUUUCGUAUGGCGCGCAUUAGAACUCAAUUCCGAUAGGUGUCACAUCUGGAACGCAGUAAGGUGAUGCGGGAUCACAACUUUUUAAGAAAUUUGGUCAAUGUACGUGAAGAAAAGGAAAGACAUCCCGUCAGGCUCAGCUUCUUCCAGCGUUUGUGAGGCCAAUUCUAAGCUCGCAACGUCGAGAAGGCUCGUCGAGAAGUUUCUCUGUACAUUUGUGAUGCAGCUCGUGGCUUGGUCGAAACGCCAACCAUUUCAGUAAAUUCUCAUCUUCUGCAUUCAGACAUGAGCAUAUUCUUCAUGGGGAUUGUUUGCAAUUCCUUCUUCGUAAAUACUUAGCAGCCAUACUUCUCAUGAUGACCUUGGCUCGCAGACAGAAAAGUCGUUCCAAAGUGUUGUGAUCCAAAACUUUUAGACCGCAUCAUGAUUAGCUCAACCGUGACUAGUAUGCAACUCUCCAGGCACGAGGAGUUUGGAAAAUGGAUUCUUCUGGAUAUGGAGGUGGUUCAUCAGCUAUGAAAUUCUUCGCAUGACGCUGUCGCGCAUUGGCAAACUUGUCCAAUUGAUUCCUACGACUCGUGAUCACUGAACCGGGAUUUUCAAAAUAGGGGCUGUAAGAUGAAUGUGUCACGGAAAUUGCUACUUCAAAAUAAGUGCCUCGCCGUU